AUGUUGCAAAUUCGAUUUUCUCGAACAAGUUUUAAAUUGUUAUAUGAUGUUGAGAAAUUUUUUCUUGAUGUAUCGAAUGAUCCACUUGAUGAGAUACAUGAUCGUAUUCAAUUAAUAAUGGAGUUUUGUACGCGUGAUAUUAAUGUUGAAAAGUUAAAGGUUCAAGCACAUAUGAUUUCUGAUUUUUUCAAAUCUGUGAUUACUACAAAACAAAUGAAAAUCAAACAAAUUACAAAAAUGUCAACCAUUUGUGAAGUUUUAAAAUCAAUGGAUAUUGGUAAACAAAUGUUUUCAGAAUAUCACAAAUUAAUUAAACUUUAUUUAAUUAUUCCUGUAACCACAGCAACCGCUGAAUGGGCAUCCUGUGCUCUAAAUUGA